AUGCCUUCACUGAGUCACAUCACCUCUGCAGGAAACAACAAGCCAACACGAGCUGCAAGCUUACCUGACAUGAAGCUGCAGAGCAACUUUGAGGAGUUCACCCCUGAUCUGAGUGAAGAUGAUGAAGACCAUGAAGGCUACAGGUUCCAGUGCUCCUGUCCAGGCCUGUACCAGUGCAGCGUGACCGGCCUGGUGUUUGACAUGGAGGGAGAAGGAGAUGUGGUUUACAGGACGGUCCCUUGGAACAGGAGGCUCCUGGUCCAACAUCACAAGAAGCCUGCAGGACCUCUGUUUGACAUCAAGUGUGAGCAGCAGUCUGUGCGUCAGCUUCACCUCCCACACUGUCAGAUCCUCCCCACAGCUGGAUUCCUGGCAGUUGCUCAUGUGAAGGAUGACGGCGUGGAGUUCAUCAGCCCUCAUAAGAUCACAGAAACUCACCUUGUUAUCAACAUCAGGGGCUUUUCUGGUUUCGGUAACGUGAAGGAUGAAGACUCUCCCCCUGACCCGGUCCGAGCAUUGGUUCUGCUGUUCUACAGGCCACCAGAUGAUCCAGACGUCACAUCCAUCCUCAAUGUCUUGUUGCUGCCGAGGAACAUCGUGAUCCGGGACGUGCAGCGCACCAGGAAGAAGUUAUUUGGAGAUGAGAGGUUCAUAGAUGUGCCCCCACACUGUAAACUGAUCCCAGAUCAGGUCUACACUCUGUCCACUGUACCUGAAGACGACCUGAUUAAAGUUCAGCCAACAGAAGCUGAAUUUGACGAGGAGUCUUACAGCAGCUACUUCACAUCAAUCAAAGUGACUUUAAAAGCUCUCAUUAGAGACAUUAAUCUGAGUCUGAAAGACAAGAAGACUUCCUGCUGUGUUUGGGAAGGAGACAUUUGUCUUUUACCCUCGAGAGCUAAAACUCUGACUCUCUCUUCAAAGGAGAAGCUGCUGGACGUACGGAGCAGCUUCAUCGACCGAACAUCAGGACCGGUUCUCAACAGUCUGCUGGACAAGCUGCUGGAGAAAAAGGUGUUGACCGACUCUGAGAGGGAGUCAGCAGACGUGAUGCCAAACAGGAGAGACAAAGCUCGUUUUAUUAUCGACACGGUGAGGAAGAAAGGCGACACUGCCAGUUCAGAGAUGAUCGAGUUUCUCUGUGAGCUUGAUCCCUUCCUCUGCAGAGACUUGAACUUGAUGUGA